GGGCCGUGGUCCUAUGCUCCACUGCGCCAUCGCUCGCUCUCAGCUUCUCACGCCACUUCCACCAGCACGGUAGAUCCUGCUGCUGCUCGUUUGCUCGUGGAGUGAGUGAGAAUUGGAGCUAGCGCGUGAGUUGUAGCAAGCAGCCAUGGCUGCCAAUACAGCAGCGCUCUGGAGCUCCGUUGUCACCGCAGCUGCGCCGUGCAGCUCUUCGAAUUCGACGAAAUCAUCGCGCAGAGCCGCGACCGCGAGCAAUGCUGGGCCUCUGCUCCACUUCCUGUCCUCUUCCUUCCAGACUGGCUCCGCUGGACUGAAUUUGCAGGCGAGCAAGCAAUCUCGCUGUGCCGCAGCUGCUGGAGAGGUUGCGUCUGCGAGAGCAGCCGUGACAGUGCAGCCCCCCAAGACUAGGAAGACUAGCCAGUACGAGAUCCAGACAUUCACCGGAUGGUUGUUGAGAAAGGAACAGGCUGGAGUUAUCGACUCAGAAUUGACCAUCGUCCUGAACAGCAUCGCUGUUGCUUGCAAGCAAAUUGCGUCCCUCGUUCAGAGAGCUGGAAUCUCCAACCUCACCGGUGUUCAGGGCGCCGUCAAUGUCCAGGGUGAAGACCAGAAGAAGCUCGAUGUCAUCUCAAACGAGGUCUUCUCUAACUGUUUGAGGUCCAGUGGACGAACUGGUAUCAUUGCUUCCGAAGAGGAGGAUACCCCAGUCGCCGUCGAAGAGAGCUACUCAGGAAACUACGUCGUUGUCUUCGAUCCUCUCGAUGGAUCCUCCAACAUCGACGCUGCGGUAUCUACCGGAUCCAUCUUUGGAAUCUACAGGCCCACUGAGGAGUGUCUUGCAGACAUGGACGACGACUCACAGCUCGGUAUGGUGGAACAAAACUGCAUCGUGAACGUAUGCCAGCCCGGUAGCAACCUCCUAUCCGCUGGGUACUGCAUGUACUCCAGCUCCGUCAUUUUGGUGUUGUCAGUCGGAGACGGUGUCUAUGGAUUCACACUGGAUCCCCUGUACGGUGAAUUCGUCAUGACCCACGACAACAUCAAGAUCCCAAAGAAGGGAUCGAUCUACUCGUUCAAUGAAGGUAACUACGCACUCUGGGAUGACAAGCUCAAGAAGUACAUCGACUCACUGAAGGACCCCGAACCCACCGGCAAGCCUUACUCUGCUCGUUACAUCGGUAGUCUGGUCGGUGACUUCCACAGAACCAUGCUCUAUGGUGGCAUCUACGGAUACCCUGCCGACAAGAAAAGCAAGAACGGAAAGUUGAGACUUCUGUACGAGUGUGCUCCUAUGAGCUACUUGGCAGAGCAGGCCGGAGGAAAGGGUUCUGAUGGUUACCGCAGAGUUCUGGAAAUCGAGCCUGAGCAGGUACAUCAGCGAGUGCCACUUUUCGUCGGAAGCACGGAGGAAGUGGAGAAGCUUGAGAAGUACCUUGCUGCUUAGGGAAGAGUCUACACUUGUGUACUAUUACAUCCUUUUGUCAAAAGACGGGACAUCCAUCUGUAAAAUUUAUGCAUCACUAAAGUACGUAGCCCCGUGAACAUAGCUUGUAGUUUAUUUAUCGAUCCUGCAGUGAAGACGGGCCGGGCCAGCUCAGUGCAGACAACGAGGCCGUCCACCGUUAUGGCGUAAUGGAGUUUUGAUGUCGAUUCUUCAGGAUCAAGUAGUUUCCGAGCGAAACCCUCACAAUGGAGGCUGAACUACCGUUCGUGUACACUUGUUUCAAGGUUAUAAAGGUCAUUCUUUUCGAUAGCCCAA